CCAAGUAUUUGGGGGAACACGAAUUUUGGAUAUAAAUUUGCCCUUAAGAUAUAUAGUUUCCUUUCAUCACAUACAACAAGAAAAAUAAAACAUAAAUCCAGAAACCCUCACUUUCGAAAGAACAAUGAAUAUGAAGAACCCAGAAGGCGAUAAACAGGAGGACUCAUCAGAUGAAAUUUCCAACCCUGACAAUGAAAUUCCGUACACCAUCACUUGGCCAAGUGGGCGUCUCUAUGGCCAUGACUAUUUUCCUGGUGAUGAUGACUAUGACUAUACGAAGCCGAGUUCCAACACUACAUUGUCUCCUCUUACCAUAAUACUUGAAAGCGAGGAGACGCUGGAGGAGCUCUCGGAUAUGGUCCACCACCUCGUAAACGAACAUCCCGAACUCAUCCCAUUAGCAAAACAGCUUCUGGAGGCCCUUGAUUGUGAUUGUGAUGAAAACAAGCCUGCUCAAAAAGCGAUGGAGCUUUUGAAAAACGAACACGUUAUCCAAGGUUUCGUGAAAAUUUAUGCUGAGGGUUAUGCUCUUCCCUUGGAUGUAAACAUGCUGGCAGAUGAAGUGCUGGAGGGCAGAACAGUUGCUGAUAGGGUGGCUCUUAUUAGACGAGAUCCCUCGUUGGAUGCAUGUGUCUCGGCCAAAGAGGACGUGGAUAUAAUGAGGGGAGCCUUGUGCAUUUUAGUCGGGUACUGGAUUGAUCAAAGACUGAACACAUGGUUUUAUGAACAGUCUACAAACCUCUGUACGUGCAGCAUGAAAAAAUUAUUAUUCCCAAUAGAUUGUUGUUGGCAAAUGAGCAGCGAUAUACAAAUCCGAUGCCGUAUUAGGGCUACAAAUAAGAUGUCUCAGAUGGGGUUGGCUUGGCUUGGCUGUGGGUGUUUAAUUUAUGCUUUUUGUGUUGUGUAGUUGGGCAUACCAACUCUUUUGACAUGAAUGUUCUGCAUUACCACUUGAGAUGCGAUAGCUGAAUAUUCUGAAUCCUUGUGGAUAGAUACCACUUCAGAUGCAAUUUAUUUAAUCAAUACAGGCGAAUGCCAUUUAGUAUUUAUUUCAUGUUCUUGUCAAAAAAAUUUGAAUGUUAAUUUGAUCUUGAGUCGAGUAUAUUUGGGUUCUGUUUUAGAAUUUCCCAGUCCAUUAUGUUGUGUUUGCCCGCUUUGUUGUUGUUGCUUUUUUUUGAUCUUUUUCUU